AAUAAAUAUUGUCCUGAUAACGAGUGAAAGUACAUACAUACAUGUCUACAUACAAAUAUACAAUCAAACAGAAACAUUGCCUAUAGUGCAUUUCUGCAUAGUAUAUGUAUAUAUAUAUAUGUAUAUAUAAAUUUAUGACAAUUUUUCCGGAAUAUGACAUCAGUCCUACGUCGCGAUACAACUUUUCCGCCUUUUCAAGUGCAAUUUAACAUUUAAAUAGGAAAAAGCGAAAAAAAACGAAAAAUACUCAAAUCAAAUUCAAAUUCAAAAUCAAAUAAAACAAUACAAAGUAACGCAUGUGCACUAUACACACAUACAAACAAACAUAUCCGUCUACCUAGCUGCAUUUAGCGCACGCGAAAAGCUCUGAGGUGUGAUUUGUUAAGAAUUCUAUGCAAAUUUUCAAAUAAAGUGUGUGGUUAUUGUGUACUUAGUCCAAGCCAAAAGUGACUGUCAAGGCAAAAUAGUUAUUUUUUUUCGUAUUUUUCUUAGUAAAUAUUAAAUAUUUGUGUUUACAAAAGUUGUGUAUUGCGAAAAUAAACGAAAAAAACAGAGUCAUCGAUUAGUCUUACGUGCAUUUGCUAGUUUUAUUUACACACAAUAUUUGCCUGUGACGCGUUUUGAAUGCGUUUUAACGAUUGUUUGGAAAGUAACUCUCCACUGGAUGCAUCAGUUUUGCUAGGAGAUAUGUUAAAAAUGAAGACCGAAGUCAUAACGGGUGGUAGUAGCUUUGAUGAGUCCUACAUCUUUGAGGAUAACCUCUUGCGCAUGAUCGAUGCCGAGGGACACAUGAUGCAUGGCAUCGAGCCGUCUCUUUCCGCGCUUAGUAGCGCUUCAGCCCACAGUCCGGGCGGUAGUCAAGCGCUUAGUCCCGCGCUCAGUGGUAAUAGCAAUAGCAAUGGAAAUUUAUCUACUAAUGGCAAUAAUACUGCCUCCAUUAACAAUAACAAUAAUUCAUUUGCGCAAAAUAAUAACUCGCAAUCAUCAACGGUUUGUGCAAUAUGUGGUGAUCGUGCCACUGGCAAACAUUAUGGUGCUUCCAGCUGUGACGGCUGUAAGGGAUUUUUCCGACGCAGCGUACGCAAGAAUCAUCAAUACACCUGCAGAUUCUCACGCAACUGCGUUGUUGAUAAAGACAAACGUAAUCAGUGUCGGUAUUGUCGCUUACGUAAAUGCUUUAAGGCCGGCAUGAAGAAAGAAGCUGUACAAAAUGAACGAGACCGUAUUAGCUGUCGACGCACAUCAAACGAGGACCCCGAUCCUGGUAAUGGUUUAUCGGUCAUAUCACUAGUGAAGGCGGAAAUCGAGAGUCGUCAGUCAAAGGCGGGUGCCGCAAUGGAGACCAAUCCGAAUGAAGAUCUAUCCAAUAAGCAAUUUGCCAGUAUCAACGAUGUAUGCGAGUCAAUGAAACAACAGUUGUUGACGCUUGUCGAAUGGGCCAAACACAUACCAGCCUUCAACGAUCUACAGUUGGACGAUCAGGUGGCGUUAUUGCGUGCACAUGCCGGCGAGCAUCUAUUACUUGGCUUAUCGCGUCGCUCUAUGCAUCUAAAAGACGUUUUGCUCUUGGGCAACAACUGCGUUAUUACAAAGCAUUGUCCAGAUGCGCGUCUCUCGCCAAACUUAGACAUUUCACGUAUCGGUGCUAGAAUUAUAGAUGAACUCGUCUUCGCACUCAGGGAUGUGAAUAUUGACGAUACUGAGUUGGCUUGCAUCAAAGCUUUGGUCUUUUUCGAUCCUAACGCCAAAGGUCUCAAUGAACCACAACGCAUCAAGACUUUGCGUCAUCAGAUCCUUAACAAUCUAGAAGAUUAUGUUUCGGACCGGCAGUAUGAGUCACGAGGUCGCUUUGGUGAAAUUCUCCUUAUAUUGCCAGUAUUGCAAUCCAUUACCUGGCAGAUGAUCGAACAAAUACAGUUUGCCAAAAUUUUUGGUGUCGCUCACAUCGACUCCCUGCUGCAGGAAAUGCUACUUGGAGGUAUGUCUAGUUCACUAUUCCACGCCCCGCACUAUUUCCACACUUUGCGUAAUUAUCUAAUCUACUCCACCUUUGAAGGUGAACUGGCCGACAACUCGCCACUUUCGCCGCCAAGUUUAAAUAAUUACAGCCCCACAAGGACCAUGGACUCGAGCCAUGUGACAUCAACAUUGGAUGUCCUUACGUCACCCACAGUCAACGACCAUCUAUCGGCAUGUAUGGAUAGCAACAGUUUAGAUGCACAAAUGAUGUCGCCAUUACUGGAAAACUUAUCUUCACCGCCCACACAAUACAGCCAAAUGCGCUCCUACCCAUCGACUCGUCCACAAGAACAACUUUCUCAGCAGGGGAUCAACAGCAAUACAGGCAAUCCAUUACACUCACGCUCGAUGCACUCACCACAACUCAACGACACGGAGUCAAGAAAUAUGGACAUGGGUAACGGUGCGGGCAACUCAUGCAUGGAAGAGAGUAUGUACAACUCUAACACUAUUAUGCGACCACAUUCUACCAGCAGCGCCCACAAUUUGCCACAUAUGCCAACGCCGAAUAUGCAGCAUCAGCAUGUAUCGGCAUCGCCUAGUCAAUCAAUGCAAGCUGGUGCACUAAUGCAGCAUUCCCCGCCAUUGCAUCGCAAUCAUCCUUACCAAAGACCAGAACAAAUGAAUACAUCGCCAAAUAAUAAUGGCGUAGUCCCGCAGCAGCUACGGAACCCAGCGGACAUGACUUUGAACGAGUACAACAGUGGCAGUGCAGAAGAAAUGCUACGACGUGCACCACUCAAAAUACGUGGACCCGAUGCACUGAGUAGUGGAGCAGGUGGUGGCGGUGGGUACAUGAUGGGCGGGAGCGGACUGCAUGAUGCGGAAAAUGCGUAUCGCAUGACACUGAAACAGGAACCGGAAACAGGUUAUUAACAGUGCGAGGACUGGCUCUUGGAUGGAAAAACGAUAUUUUAAUGCUCUCUAAGAGAAUGCGUAGAACAAAGUCAUGUUGCAGGGAGUGGUAUCGCAUGUAACUGUUGCAAGAGAUGUUGCUUAUAAAUUGAAAAAAAAGCAUUGAAAUGCAUAUAUAAUAUUUAUUUCAAUUUAAAACACGUCACACAAGUUGCUAAUGUCGAACUUGUUUCGACACCAAUUUGUCAACGCUUUAGGUCAUGUCACUUGAAGUUAAGAUCAACAACGCCAAAUCUACAUGUUGAUCUUUUAAUUUAGUUAUAAAUAUUUUCUUCUUCUUCUUCUUAGUCAUAGUGUUACAUGGACUUCCAUACUAUUAUAAAACAAAUAUUUACACAAAUGUGAAGUUAUACGUAAAAUUAUUAAAAAAAUUUUAAAAUUGUAAAAAUAUGGUAGGCAGUUUUUAAUACAAACAUAAAAUGUAUAAGUAAAGAAUAAAUCUUGUUGCAAUUUUUUAUGCCUUUAAAAGUUAAGUAGAUAGGUUUUAUGGAAAAUUUGUUGUUAUAAAAAGUUGUUAAUAAACAUACAUAUGCAUAUAUAUUUAUAUAUAUAUAUAUAUACUAUAUAGGGGUUAAAUAGGUAAAAUUUGUAUAAUCACAGUGGAGUAUUUGUUGGACUUUUUUCCUAUAAAUAGGUUAAGGUGAAAAAUUUAAUAAGCAUUUACAUAAAAACAUUUUUUACAAUAUUUGUACUGCAACGGAUCAAAUGUAACAGUAGUAAUUUAAAGUAAAAGAAAUAAAUAAGUUUUACAUGAAAAA